CUCCGCAGGGGCGCCUCACCGUGGGCGACAGGGACCCGAGAAGGAAGGGACACGCUUCAAGCAAAACUUUGGGUCCUCCAGCCGCAACUCUGCACGAAAGAACCCCUUCUUCGGCCCGGAGUCAGAACACUCAAUGUCGGAACGUUCCGAAGAUGACGUCGGAGCGUUCUCGAAUCCCGUGUCUCUCGGCUGCUGCUGCCGAAGGAACAGGGAAAAAGCAACAAGAAGGAAGAGCAAUGGCGACACUGGAUCGCAAAGUGCCCAGUCCGGAGGCGUUUCUGGGCAAACCCUGGUCCUCCUGGAUCGACGCCGCCAAAUUACACUGCUCCGACAAUGUAGAUUUAGAAGAGGCUGGAAAAGAGGGUGGAAAAAGCAGGGAGGUUAUGAGGCUUAAUAAAGAAGAUAUGCACUUAUUUGGCCAUUAUCCAGCACAUGACGACUUCUAUCUCGUAGUGUGCAGUGCCUGUAAUCAGGUCGUCAAGCCACAGGUUUUCCAGUCACACUGCGAGAGAAGACACGGUUCAAUGUGUAGACCUUCUCCCUCUCCAGCGUCUCCAGCCUCCAACCCCAGGACAUCACUAGCACAGGUGAAAACGAAAGCCUGUCUCAGCGGCCAUAACUCUGCCAGCAGCACCUCAAAGCCAUUCAAAACGCCCAAAGACAAUCUACUUACCUCCAGCAGCAAACAGCACACAGUCUUUUCUGCAAAAGGAUCAAGGGAUAAACCAUGCGUUCCGGUUCCUGUAGUCAGUUUAGAGAAAAUUCCUAACCUAGUGAAGGCAGAUGGUGCCAAUGUCAAAAUGAACUCUACAACCACUACUGCAGUCACCUCCUCCUCCACCUCCUCCUCUGCCGUCUCCACCCCUCCUUUAAUUAAGCCCAUCUUGAUGUCCAAGUCAGUGCCACCUUCACCAGAGAAAAUCCUAAAUGGCAAAGGAAUUCUGUCAGCCACAAUAGACAAGAAACACCAAAAUGGCACCAAAAACAGCAACAAGCCUUACCGGAGACUUUCAGAGAGAGAAUUUGACCCAAAUAAACACUGUGGAGUAUUGGAUCCCGAGACAAAGAAACCUUGCACAAGAUCCCUCACCUGCAAGACACACUCGCUAAGCCAUCGGAGGGCAGUCCCGGGCCGGAAAAAGCAAUUUGACCUCCUCCUGGCGGAACACAAAGCCAAGUCCCGGGAGAAAGAAGUUAAAGAGCACCUCCUGACUUCCACAAGGGAAAUACUUCCAAACCAACCUGGGCCGGUGCAGGACUCUCUGCUGGGAUCUUCAGGGAGCUCUGGGCCAGAACCAAAAGUUGCAUCCCCUGCAAAAUCCAGGCCACCUAACUCUGUACUUCCCAGACCAUCAUCUGCAAAUAGCAUAAGCAGCAGUACGUCUUCAAAUCACAGCGGCUACGCGCCAGAGCCCCCUCUGCCCCCGGUUGGAGGUGACCUCACCGGCCGACUGUCCAGUGAUGAAGGGGAGAUGGACGGAGCCGACGAAUCUGAGAGGCUGGACUGUCAGUUCUCCGUGCACCACCCCAGACCCCUUGCGUUUUGCUCAUUCGGGAGUCGCCUCAUGGGACGAGGGUACUAUGUGUUUGAUAGAAGAUGGGAUCGUUUUCGAUUCGCACUAAACUCCAUGGUAGAGAAACACUUGAAUUCACAGAUGUGGAAGCACAGAAGCCCGAGCCACAGGGCAUCAGGUCCCUCCCCCCUGUUCAGGACUUGCCUAACCAAUCUGCUGUCACUGAGCAACAUUGGGGCUGCCUGGGUGUCAACUCUGGAGAGCGUAGCACCCCGCUGCCCUCUCAACCUCGCUGCCCAAACCCCAGGCCCCGACGGGCCCGAACCUGGAGGGAUGGCAGCCGAUGGGGGCAUGGAAGACAUUAGGAAGAAAAGGAACGGCCAAGACACUUUUUUCUUUAACAAGCAUUUAACUCUGCAUCAGGAGACGCCAACACAGUAUUCUCUUUCAGCCAGGAAGAUCCCUCCUGCGGCAGAUAGCCCCAUGCCCUCGCCAGCAGCCCACAUCACCACCCCCGUUCCAGCAUCCGUUUUGCAGCCUUUCAGCAACCCCAGUGCUGUGUAUCUUCCUUCAGCUCCCAUCAGCUCGAGACUCACCUCUUCUUACAUAAUGACAUCAGCCAUGCUCUCAGACGCAGCUUUUGUGGCAUCGCCGGACCCGCGCGUCCUCAUGUCCCACACCACAGCUUUCCCCCAUGUGGCCGCAACCCUCAGCAUCAUGGACUCAACCUUCAAGGCCCCAUCUGCCGUGUCCCCGAUACCAGCCGUCAUCCCUUCCCCAUCCCACAAGCCAUCCAAAACCAAAACCAGCAAAUCCUCAAAAGUCAAAGACCUGUCCACCCGUAGCGACGAGUCUCCAAGUAACAAAAAGAGGAAGCCCCAGUCUUCGACUUCCUCCUCCUCCUCCUCCUCCUCCUCUUCCUCCUUGUCCCUGCAGCCUUCCCUUUCGUCUCCAUUGUCAGGGCCCCACAGAAAGAACUGUGUUCUGAAUGCCAGUUCCGCUUUGAACUCCUAUCAGGCGGCCCCUCCCUAUACCAGUCUGUCUGUGCACAACUCAAACAAUGGGGUGAGCCCACUCAGUGCCAAGCUGGAGCCCUCAGGACGGACCUCGCUGCCCGGCGGCCCCGCGGACAUAGUGAGACAGGUGGGCACGGUGGGCGGCAGCAGUGACUCCUGUCCCCUCUCUGUGCCCUCCCUUGCGCUCCACACAGGGGACCUCUCUCUGGCCUCACACAAUGCCGUGUCUUCUCUGCCCCUCUCUUUUGACAAAUCAGAAGGAAAAAAGCGUAAGAACUCGAGCACUAGUAGCAAAGCCUGUAAAAUCACUAAAAUGCCUGGUAUGAAUAGCGUUCACAAAAAGAACCCGCCCGGCCUUCUUGCACCGGUGCCCGAGCCCGUUAACAGCACCUCCUCUCGGCAGGUUGGGAAAAAUAGCAGCCUAGCUUUGUCACAAUCCAGUCCUUCAAGCAUAUCCAGCCCAGGACACAGCCGACAGAAGAACACAAACAGAAUGGGCAGGAUAAGGACUCUUCCAUAACAAGACUAUGAAGCCACUUCCAAAACAAUUCCUGGUUUUGAUCCCACCCCAGGAGGCCAUGGCAGGAGGAGGAGGGAGGGGAGUGGGCUGUGGGGGAGUCUGUUUCCUGUGCCCUGCCUGUGGCUCUGGCCUUUCUUCUUCUACUUUUUUUUUUUUUUAAAUGACCAGUUUUUUUGUUUUGAAAAAACAGAAAAAGGCAAAAGAAUGUGGAUUUGAAGUUUUCAGAAAACAAUACCAGUGUUUUCUUUCCAUUUUUCAUUUGCCACGUGUAUACAUCUUCCAAAUUUGGGGUCACUCCCCUCGCUCCUGAUGCUGCUACCCCACCAUAAUUUUGCUCCUACCCUGAGAGCAGACGUCGCAGAAUGUCAGUUCUGGGUUGGUGCCAUCUGAAGCUCUUGAACUUUAGCGCAUGCAGAGCUCUCCUUCCGUGUGCUCUCCCAUCCCAUCCCUCUCAUCCCCAACCUGCCACUCACAGGGCAGGGGAGCCCACUGGCCAUCAGAAGUUGCUGGCUCCCAUCAGUACCCCCUGAACAGCAGCUAGGGAGGAUCCUGAGAGGAAAGAGCUGGAGGGUACAUGGGUCCCCUCAACACCUUUCUGCAGCCCAGCAGGCAAAAUUGAGAACAUGGGCUGCUUAAUGACAUAGUUUACCAAUACCAGUGUCAGCUGUCCAGCUCGGAAAAGACAUACAAAGGUAGAGGCAGAGGGGACCUGAAGGGUGGCAGAGAGCAGAACAUGGCCAGUAGGAGACAAUGUCCCUUAAAAGAUGGUGGGGACCAAGUGACUGUAGUGGGCUGAGCUUGUUAGGAUUCCAUUCUGCAGAAUCCCUUCCAGGGCACAGUGUGCAGGUUCCCAAAGUUGGGUGAGUCAGAGAUGGAGGAAUCAAAGGGGAAAGGCCACAGAACCAAAAAAGUCAUUCCAUCAGAAAGCAUGGUGAUCAUACAGCUAAAGGUUCUCAAGUUGCCCUCUGGGGACGAGAAGGAUCCUCAAGGGGAAAGCCUCCAUGGAGGAUCAUAUAUCAACCCCCUUGUGAGAAUAAAUACUAGCAUUGCCCACCCAUGCCCAGAGGUGAGCUCGCACUCUGUUCUCAGAUGCCCCCACUCAGAGACAACCACCCCUGAGAAGGAAUAGUAAGGAUGAGUCAUCACUUAGUGAAGAGCCAUUCGGAAGAGCUGAAGAGAGACAUUGGAGCAUCGCAGCUAUGAAGUUUUUCACACUGGAGUUUUGAAAGAAACAGCAAUAUCAUAAACUCUGAUAGGGAAUCGUCAUCAGGAACAGAAUUCCUAAUGUGAAAUAGGAAUCUUGUAAGUUUGCAUACAACAGAGAUGCUAGGAGGUUCUCUUUCAUCCUGAAAUCAAAAGUGAAUGCUAGAUUCGCAGCUGGGCGCAACCCUCAUCCCCAUCCCAAGAUUUUCCUUUAUUUUCCCAUUCCCCAACCCAAAGAUCAGACUACUGUUAAGUUUCACCACACGAUUGGAAUCUGCAAAGGCGGGAGGCCAACGGAGUGAUCUGCAUCAAUGGAAUUGCACUGACAGUGUUUCUUAUAGGAUUACUAAAUUUUUUAAUAUAAAAAGAUUUUUUUAAAAAUCAGGAGUUGAUAUUAAGUACCAGGACAUUAGUUCAGAUGAUUUCAUUUUUAUUUCAACAGUGUUAAAAGUGCACUUAUAUGCUGGUUUAUUUGAGUCUUCGAAAAAAAAGAGACUGCAAAUUGAAGGGACGAUUGUUACUUUUUCUUUUUAAAAAAAGGUUAAGGCAGAUUUUAAGACUUAUAAAUGUUUAAGAAAUUAUAAACAAGGUUAGACCCUUUGAAAAAAAAGUUUAGAAGAUAUUCUUAAAGUAAAUUUUUAUAGUGUUAAUUUUGUAAUAAUUUAUGUUUUACUAUAUUACAGAGCUAACUGACCAGAAUAGUUUCAGAAACAAUAUGAAACUUAGGAAAGUUUAAGCAAUGUUUAUAUUUUUAAAAUGUUCUUUGAAUUAUGUUUUUAUUGUAUGUUUCUUCAGACCGAAAAGUAUGUACAUAUCUUUGUUAUUUUUGCACAAUUUUUGUCUUGUUCGGUUUUAGAAGUCUGUUGUUUUUAUAAUUUAUUUUGAGUUGUAAAACUUGCAGGAGUAGAAACAAAACCAAUCUCAGCAACAAAAUAACCCUCUGAUUUAUAAACUCUUACACUUGAAGAGGGAACACAAAGGUUGAGAGAUGAAGUGGCUGCUUCUGAGAAAUAACGUCUCAACAGGGACUGAAGGAGCGGGUUAAACAUUUUAGCUCCCUGCGUCUUGAAAUGGAAGCUGGAAUAAAGAGGUUCCUCACCGAAUGCUGCUUACUUUCUUGAAAAACUGGCUUUGACCAAGGUGAGGACAUUUAUGGAUAACUGAGCAAAAAGGGAAAAUCCACGGUAUUUCUUCUUUCGCAAUCAACCACAGGUUUACUUUGUAAUGAUGUAUUAAAAACUUGCAGCUUGAAAAGUGGAAUGCAAAUAAAGGUUUUCUUUGGGUUUGUUUUCAUGGAAUUCAACUGGACCAGCCUAUAAAGCAUCUUUAGGGUGGUAUCCUUUGGGUCCUUCUGCACACCCCAAAACAGCCUUCUCUCCCAGCCCCUUGACUGCACACACCCCUAUUUGCCUGAAGAUCUCCUGACUUGUCGCCAGCCAUAGAGGCUCGAAAGCUCUGGUUGUUAAGCAUAACGCAAUGCAUAGACCUGUCAGCCAUAAAAAAAAAAAAAAAAAAAAAAAAAAAAACAAGAAAAAAAAAAAAAAACAAGAAAAAAAAAGCGACUUGGAUAACUUGUAUGCCUUCUUUUGUAUCAAUGUACCAAUUGUAAAUAAUGCUGAUCAACCUUUGUAGAGAAUAGUUUAUACAGCAUAUUCUAUUAUUGCUGAUUCUCAGUGAACUCUUGUUUUAAAAAAGGAAAAAAAAAAGAAAUUUUCUAUUUACACCUUAUAUUUUGUUAUGCUGUCAGCCCAUGGCACUUUAACAAAACUCUGUGGGUUUUAGGUAGCUGGUCAGUCAUGGGGCAUAUUAAAUAACUUGUUGCACAGACAAAAAUUUGCACCUGCUCAUUUGUCCUUUCCUACUACCGAUUUUAGAAACUUUUCCAGAAGAAUUUUGAAGAAAGCAUGUCCAAUCAUUCUAAACAAAUGCCACACUUGUGGAGUGAAUUUCUUUUCUACGAUUCAUAUUUUAUAACACUAAGUAUUUUCCUUCUUUGUCCCGCAACUUUAUGUAUUAGCACUAUCAAAUAGAACUCAUUCCAUGCCUGUGAUAUUGUAAGCAGAAUAAAUGUCUGAAGUAGGUGUAAAUAGUAAAUUUUAUGGCUUACAGUUUUAAAAAGAAAGAACAAAUAUGUAUCUAUUGAUACUGCCAUGGUUCAGCAUCAGGCCUGGAAAUAUUCUCCAGU